AUGCGGUGGCGCAAAUGCGUUAAAGACUUCACGCGGAUGUGCUGCUUCAAGUGCUACGGUACUGAAGACUAUUUUGAAUGGAUGCUGCUACGCAGAGCUGCGAGUGAAGUGGCAUUCUUGAGCGGGUGUUGCCAUUGGCGCAUCGCUGGCGCCCCAAGCAACGGUGCCGAAGUAAAGUUGCCGGAGAAGCGCUCGAAUUCCAAUUUUGUACAGCACGCAAGCAACUUGGCGAUAAAACUCCCGACAAGCACGAUGACAUUGACGCUCGUGAAACGCAUCCAUGUCCGGUCCGCGGUGAGAUUCCGUUCUCACGUACAGCUACCAAUGAGCCGAAGAAGGACAGCGCAGACACCUUAUCAUCUGCUAUGCUGUCUUACUCAUCACUGGCAUAGGGCUGAAAACUUCGACAUGUUGUGGUUUGAGACACUCGAAUCCCACUUCCGAUCCAUUCCAGACAAAGCACAAACGCUCGGAUGGUGUCUUCGGCUCGGAUAA